AUGUUGAGAAAGAUGCGCGAUAAGGUGAAGGGCGGCUUCAAACGCCGCUUCUCCAAGGACAAGAGCCAAAAUGGUACUGACAAAUCUAGCCGUCUUCGUAAUAUCAUCCCGAAGCGUCUUCAGAGUGCAUCUGCGCCUAAGGGUGCGGGCCGGCUUAAGGAAGCUUAUACACCUCCGCCCUCAGAGGGGAAUAGGGAUGAGAACAACGAAGCUGAGGCUGAAGAUAACAACAACGGGCCUGAAGGCGAGGAGGAGAUGGGUGAAGCUGAAGAGGGGAUGGGUGAAGCUGAGGAGGAGAUGGGUGAAGCUGAGGAGGAGAUGGGCGAAGCUGAGGAGGAGAUGGGUGAAGCUGACGAGGAGAUGAGUGAAGCUGAAGAUGGGAUGGCUGAAGCUGAAGAGGAAAUGGCCGAACCUGAAGAGAUGGACGAGGGCGAAGACUUUGGAGAGGUACGUGAAGAUGGCUCGGAUGAUAGUGAUGGUGGGAGCAAUGUUGCAUUACCCCCGUCCCGACAUGAAAGUGAAGAUGGUAGUGAUUCAUCCGGUGACACACCUAGUCUUUUCCAAGUCCAAGGCGGUGAUACUCCUGCCUAUGCUGUAAUGCUCUCGACCGCAGACCUCCUUCGUUAUGGUGCCCUACCCACCAGUCCAGCGCGUGGUGGAUAUCCUUCAGAUCCCUCUGGUGCCCCUUAUGAUCAUGGUUCCCAAGGCCAAGGCGAUGAUGGUGAUAGCUAUCCUCCAUUGCCCCCGUCCGAAGGCAGCCAUGGCUAUACUUCUCGAAGUGACGGCAACGGUGACGGUGAAGAGGGUCAUGGUUAUCCUUCAGAUCCCUCUAGUGACCCGUAUGGUCGUGAUUCCCAAGGCCAAAGCGAUGAUAGUGAUGGCUAUCCUCCAUUACCCCCGUCCGAAGACAGCCAUGGCUAUACUUCUCGAAGUGACAGUGACGGUAACGGUGAAGAGGGUGAUGGUUAUCAUUCAGAUCCCUCUAGUGACCCAUAUGGUCGUGAUUCCCAAGGCCAAAGCGAUGAUAGUGAUGGCUAUCCUCCAUUGCCCCCGUCCGAAGACAGCCAUGGUUAUACUUCCCGCAGCGACAGUGAGGAGGGCAAUGCUUAUCCUCCAUUGCCCUCAUCCGAAGACAGCCAUGGUUAUACUACCCACAGCAACAGUGAGGAGGGUAAUGCUUAUCCUCCAUUUCCCCCAUCCAACUAUCGCUCUCAUGGAAAUGCGCCUGGAAUGAGGGUUUUUCCCAUGAGCGGCACUAAUUGGUCUGGUCAAGAAUCCGACUCCGCAAGACAAUCUAACGCACCUAGUUCAUCAGAGGGAUCAUUUCACUCAGCGCGCACGCACAUUUCCCGCACCGGGAUUACCCCCGCAAUGAGUGAGGCUGGCCUCAACAGCCAAAACAACAGCCCCACAUUUGGCCAUGAUGGACAAGGGGAUGCGGACGAUGAGUGGGGAUCCGAUAAUUCAGAAGAAGGCCAUGUCGAAAUGGUUGAGCACGUCGAACCCAAUGAAGAAACUAGAGGUAGGAAGCGCCAACGCACCCCCGACGACGAACAAGGUAGUCACGACGCGGAGCAUAUGCUAUUCAACCUCGAAAGCAGUGGAAGUGAUACUUCCAUACGUACCAUACGUGGAGGUAGAAAUGUCAAGCGCGCACGCCCAGAUUCGCCACUUUCCCGAGGGCAGUAUAUAAGUGCACUUGAUAGGAGUACCAGCAGACCCGAUGAGGAUCAAGUGGCUCAAUACAGGGCGAGAGGAGCCAGAUACCAAGCAUGGAUAGACGACCCCGACGAACCUAACUGUCCAAUUCCACGGACAACGGUCACUUUGGAUAACAUGUUAGACCCUGAUCAGCCUCGACCCUGGGAAUUCCUUGCAGAUGACAUUGCACACCCGCCUCUGCACUUCGGAGGUGGUGAAACCGAUACAGCGGAGCUCCCCGAGGGACCUUGGGUGCGGUAUCGCUAUACAAACAUCGCACAGCUCCGGCCGCCUGAGGAUUGGACCAGCGAUACUGACGGAAACGCUUAUGUCCAUCGUACUACUCGGGGUGUUCUUGUGGCGGAGAGUAUCUUCAGGGAUGAUGGUCUUCAUUGGAACGAAGUCGCCCAGGCUGUAUAUGAGUCUAACUAUCGGAUGAAUACCUUGAAUUAUAUUGUGUUCCUUGACAUUAUGAACGAGGAAACAGGCCCAUACAUUCGGUAUGAGCUCUACCCUAACCUGCUAGGCAUUUUGUGGAGUCAUGCACGAGACCAUCCAGCUAUGAUCUUUGAACACGGCGAGGAGCAAUACCAAGAGCUCCUGGGUACAAGGCUAGGCCGAGCUGCGGCUUCUCUAGUUCUGGGAGCUUAUCCCCGGGGUACGGUACGUAUUGCUAGAAUUGUUACUUGGGCUAAUGCAACCUCGCCACAGAUGCGAUUUGAGCUUGAGCCGGCUGCUGUGGCCCCGGCUGCAUGA